CUCACAAAAGUGGCAACUAAAAUUAUUCAUAUAGUUGCACCACUCAGUGCACUAAACCUCAAUAAGACUGCAUACUAACUAACGUUGUCCAGAAAAAGAUGUUUUCAUCCUUCAUUUCGGUGAGUAUUUCACAGACUAUGGUACACAUACAUUGCAGCCAGGUAUGCAUCAAUAUUCUAAGUACCAAAAGCCGGUGAAACUGAGUAUUUCUCUGUUAAAGUUAUAAUGGAUUACUAAAGACAUACAAUCCUUCGAUGUUUUCUCUUUUAUCGUUACCUACAUUUUUCACUUCGGAGACUGCGUUUCUCAGAUUCAUGUACACAGAAGCUAUCAAGAAAUAUCAAAUAAAUUGUGAAAUUUUCUCUUAUAUCUUAUCUACAUUUCCCAACUGGAAGACUUCAUCUCACCAAUUCCAGUACACAGAAGUUGCAGCUCGAGGCAUUUAUAUAAGCUACAAAAAUCUGUACCCCAAAAUCGGUUAGACCGAACCUGAAUGAGUUCCACAAAAACAGAUAACAAUAUUAUCUCUGCUAUUGUCAUCUACAUUGUUCAGUUC